GGAGUGGCUGGAGUUUUAAAGGUUUCACGUAUGCUUUCCAGAUUUGGGUAUAUGAAUUAAUUCCUAGAAUGGCGGACCUGAAUUACUGCAAGGUUGUUGAUCCGACCGCUGUCCCGCGUAUUUUGCGAUGGAGAACUACUACGUCUGUUCCAGAGAUGAGAAAGUUGAACAAUUAUUUUUUCCAGAGCAAAGAGUCAGUUCAGUUGCGGGCGCUAUGUCCGAGUGAAGAGGAAAUGAGACAGCCAUAUUGGAGUUGGCCACAGGAUCGCCCUGCUGUUGUCUCGGCAGAGCCAAUUCCUUCUUCAUGUGGUGAUAUUGAUGAGUUGAACAAGGUGGUAAGCUUGUUGAGGUCCGAGUUGUUUCAAGUAAAGCUGGAAAAAGACGUCCUUCACUUGAAGGUCAUACGGAUGGAAAAACUGUUGGACCAAUGUUUAGGUCCUCAGUUUGAGCAGGAAGUAAGGAGGGACCUAGCUUUACUGAAACAGAGGACUAAUCGCUGUGUCGUCUCACAUCUAUUUAAGGGAUAUGCUGAAAUGGAUGACCUACUUCAACAGGAUGAAGGGCCAA